CGCACAUGCAAAAAAUAAAAAUAAAAAUAGAAAAAGAAAAACUUUUACACACAUAUCAUACUGUUCUUGAUAAGAAUAUAAAAACUCCUACUUGCAUGAUAAGGAAUCAAGUAUUUUCCAAAAAAAAGAAAAAAAACAACAACAAACACCGUUACGACGGGUAACGGUAGGCCAAAUGGGUGACAUCUAGUGCGGGCUUUAACCCACCAUCUCUCUCUUUAUAACCAGAUGCUCCCCCACGACUCUCUUUUCUCUUCCUACUCUCAAUCUCAUUUCUCACCCCCAAAAACCUAAAUCCAAUUUAGCCCUCUUUCACGCUCUCUCUCCGAUGCCUCUGUGUUUUUGGACGGCAAAAUAGGCCAAAAAAUUAAUUAAACUUAAGAUUAAAAUCAGAAAUAAAAAUAGAAAAUAAAAACUGGAAUAGGGAAAAGCGAAUAUGGUAGUUGAUGAUACGCUGGAGAUGAGCAUCAUGGUCGCCUCUGGAGGUCCCUCUUGCUUCCGGUUCCCCGAUGCUUAUCCCAAAAGGGUUUUGAUGGAGGGGAGAUAUAGUGGGGAUUGAUAUGAUGAAGGUCUUUAUAAGGUUAUUUCUUUGAAUUGUUUUUGGGAAAUGGCAAUAUUCAAUCCACCAGCAACAAUACCCACCCAGGAGUUGUUCAGCUGAAAUGGGAGAUUCUCUGCUCACAGCCUUGUCAAUGGAGAAUCAUCACCCAUCCACGCUCUUGUCUAUGGAUUCCAGUGCUUCCUCUCACGACGAAUUGGAUUUGGAGAUGAAUCGGCAAAUCAUACUCUCCCGCCCCCCUGAUAUCAAUUUACCCCUGUCAGCUGAGCGCAGCCCACCUCCACCGCCAUGGAAUUCGGACCCUUGUGAUAUUCUAGAUGUUGGGCUUGGUCCACAGGUUUACGAGACCGAGAGUUUACUUACCAUCCCCAAGGUGGUUGGACGGAAAUGCGCCAAGCGGGUAGACAGCAUAUGGGGUGCUUGGUUUUUCUUCAGUUUUUACUUCAAACCUGCAUUGAAUGAGAAAUCAAAGGCCAAAAUCAUCAGGGACAGCAAUGGGGUUAAUGGGUUUGAGAAGUCUGAUCUCAAGCUUGAUGUUUUCAUGGUUCAGCAUGACAUGGAGAAUAUGUACAUGUGGGUUUUCAAGGAGAGGCCUGAGAAUGCGUUGGGUAAGAUGCAGCUAAGGAGUUACAUGAAUGGACAUUCCCGCCAAGGGGAGCGUCCAUUUCCAUUUAGUGUUGACAAGGGUUUUGUUCGAUCUCACAGAAUGCAGCGGAAGCAUUAUAGGGGUCUUUCAAACCCCCAGUGUGUGCACGGGAUUGAACUUGUUCGGGCACCUAAUCUCAUUGGCCUUGAUGAGGACGAGCGUAAGAGGUGGGUGGAACUGACUGGGCGGGAUGUGAACUUCACAAUCCCUAUGGAAGCAGGUGACUUUAGUUCAUGGAGGAACCUUCCAAAUACAGAUUUUGAGCUUGAGAGGCCACCUGCCCCACUAAAGAAUGUGCCGAAUUCCCACUCAAAGAAACUUCUGAAUGGAUCCGGGCUGAAUUUGUCUACGCAACCAUCUAACAACAACAAUUCUGAUGGAAUGGACCUGUCUCCUGUCAGCAAGAGGAGGAAGGAAUUUUUUCCCCAUGGGAACGAUGACGAUUGCUUCCUGGCUGUUAAUCCUCCAUCUGAUCGAAUCCCAGAUAUGGAAAUCCACGCAAAUGGGUCGCAAUGGCCAAAUCACUUUAGUGGUGUAAUGAAGAAUGUUCAUGGACCUGUUACAGCUGCAAAAACAAUCUAUGAGGAUGAUGCAGGUUAUUUGAUCAUUAUCAGCUUACCCUUUGUGGAUCUCCAAAGGGUGAAAGUCUCUUGGAGGAAUACUCUUACUCAUGGUAUCAUUAAGGUGUCUUGUAUGAGCACAUCUCGCAUGCCAUUCAUUAAGAGACAUGAUCGGACUUUCAGGCUUACAGAUCCAUCCUCUGAGCAUUGUCCUCCAGGAGAGUUUGUUAGAGAAAUCCCACUGUCCACCCGCAUUCCUGAAGACGCUAACAUAGAAGCUUAUUACGACGGGCCAGGUUCUGUGCUAGAGAUUAUGGUUCCAAAACUCCGCGUUGGACCAGAAGAACAUGAGGUUCGUGUUUGCCUCCGCCCUCACCUUGGAGGCAAUGAUCUUAUGUUGACUUGAGAUAGGCAUUUUAUAGAGUUUAUGUAAGGGUUAUUGUCAUGUUUGGUGCUUCAUUGUUCUACUAACUUUGUACCAUUUUGUGUAUUUUAUGAAGGAAAAAGAAUGUGCUUCUCACAUUUGUCUUUGCAGUUUUUGCUACUAAUCUAUGCAUCUGGUUAGCUUUGACUCCCA